GCGCGCGCAGCGUGCUGUAGUUGGCCGGGCGGCGGCGGCGGGAGGCGCAGGAGAGAGCGAUGAUGCCGACCAGCAGGGACAGCGUGAUGUCUUGCCCGGCCGACCACCAGCACCAGGUCCGCAUCAAAGCCUACUACAAAGGGGAUAUCAUGAUCACCCACUUUGAACCUGCCAUCACAUAUGAAAUUCUUUGCACUGAAGUUCGUGACAUGUGCUGCUUUGAUAAUGAACAGCUCUUUACAAUGAAGUGGAUCGAUGAAGAAGGCGAUCCUUGCACUGUCUCAUCCCAGCUAGAACUGGAGGAAGCCUUUCGCCUCUACGAGCUGAAUAAAGACUCUGAACUGAUCAUUCAUGUGUUCCCCUGUAUCCCAGAACGGCCAGGCAUGCCUUGUCCUGGGGAAGAUAAAUCUAUAUACAGGCGAGGGGCUCGGCGCUGGAGAAAACUGUAUUGUGUAAAUGGACAUACUUUCCAAGCCAAAAGAUUCAACAGACGAGCACAUUGUGCGUUUUGUACCGAUCGGAUCUGGGGCCUUGGUCGCCAGGGGUAUAAAUGCAUCAACUGUAAGCUUCUGGUCCAUAAGAAAUGUCACAAACUGGUCACAAUUGAAUGCGGACGUCAUGCACUCCUCUCACAUCCUCACCAUUAUCCCUGGGGAAGCGGUGAUCAGGAUCAUAUGAUGAUUCCAAGUGCAGAGAAUGCAGAAAACAUUGCACCAGUUAUUCCGUACAAAUCUUCCAGCCAAGAAAACCUGGAGCAUGUAGGCGAGGAGAAAGAGGCCAUGAGCAGCAGGGAAAGUGGGAAAGCUCCCUCCAGUUUAGGUGUUCCCGAUUUUGACCUAAUUCGUGUGAUCGGAAGAGGCAGCUACGCCAAGGUUCUCCUUGUCCGACUGAAAAAGACAGAACGCAUUUAUGCCAUGAAGGUUGUGAAAAAGGAAUUGGUUAAUGAUGAUGAGGAUAUAGACUGGGUGCAGACAGAAAAGCAUGUAUUUGAGCAGGCAUCAAAUCACCCCUUUCUUGUGGGACUACAUUCGUGCUUCCAGACCGAGAGCAGGUUGUUUUUUGUCAUAGAAUAUGUGAACGGUGGAGAUCUGAUGUUUCAUAUGCAGCGGCAACGGAAGCUUCCAGAAGAGCAUGCCAGGUUUUACUCUUCAGAGAUCAGUCUGGCGUUAAACUACCUUCAUGAACAUGGGAUAAUUUACAGGGAUUUGAAACUUGACAAUGUUCUGCUGGAUUCUGAAGGGCAUAUUAAACUCACAGACUAUGGAAUGUGUAAGGAAGGCUUGAGGCCUGGCGAUACAACCAGCACAUUCUGUGGGACGCCCAAUUACAUUGCACCAGAGAUUCUGCGUGGCGAGGAUUAUGGUUUCAGCGUGGACUGGUGGGCACUGGGAGUGUUGAUGUUCGAAAUGAUGGCUGGCCGAUCGCCGUUUGAUAUUGUGGGGAGCUCGGAUAAUCCAGAUCAGAACACGGAGGACUACCUCUUCCAAGUCAUUUUGGAAAAACAGAUACGUAUUCCACGCUCCCUCUCUGUCAAAGCUGCAAGUGUAUUAAAGGGAUUUCUUAACAAGGAUCCAGCAGAGCGACUUGGAUGUCACCCGCAGACGGGAUUCGCUGAUAUCCAGGGGAAUCCUUUCUUCCGCAACGUAGACUGGGACUUGAUGGAACAGAGACAGAUCAUCCCACCUUUCAAGCCACAUAUUUCUGGUGAAUUUGGACUUGACAACUUUGACUCCCAGUUCACCAAUGAACCUGUUCAGCUAACUCCAGACGAUGAGGACGCUGUAAAGAAGAUCGACCAGUCAGAAUUUGAAGGCUUCGAAUACAUCAACCCGCUCCUGAUGUCGGCUGAAGAAUGUGUCUGAGUGGCUGACGUCCGCACGCUCUUGGACCUGUGCCUCCAACCCUUGCAUGUGGAAGAGUUGAAAACAACAAAUGCCUUGCUUCAAUCGCCAAAGCCUUUCCACUCUGCAGCUGACCGUCUGAGAAUGCUCAACCCAAUUCUUGCCCUAAAAAAAGGGGGGAUGAGUGCCUAUAAUUAUUUCACCCUGCAUAACCGUAAGAUGCAGCUUAACUUUCCGAGAACUUGCCCUCUGCAGUUGAGAGACAACCUCUCUUCCCCCCCCCCCGCCCCCAAAUAAGUCCUAUUGACACUAAAUAGGUGGAUAGUUUUACGUGUGAAGAGCAAGUGCUGUCUUAACUUACCUAAGAAUGAUAGGGUUUUUUAAAUCAUGGAGAGAGGUUUGGGUGGAAAGUUGACUAUCCUCAUGGUGUUACAGUAAACCUUGUGUCCGUGAUCUGAAGGCAUUGCUUGCUUUCCUCCUUCCCCCCCCCCCCCCCCCCAACAUCUCCAUCAGCCUGCUGCUGGUGGUAUUGCUCAGGGAGAUGGCAGCUGUGGCUAUGGCUAAAACGCUCCUGCAGGUUCAACAUUGCUCUUAUUUGCUGAAAAAAUGCGUCUGAAGUUGGGAUGAGUAUAGCAGUUCGAGCAUCUUGUACCUACUGGCUUGAUGCCAGCAAGGAAAUGUACAGAAAUACAUUUGUCGAAUAGCUUACAGCAUUUAUUUAGUUAAUUGUUAGGUUAUAAAUUAUCAUGUUUUUUGGGGGGGAACCACAUAAAUGUAAACCAUAAAAGAAAAGUGCACAAAUAUACUGUGACUCUACGUGUCUGCACAGCUGUGAAAUAUGUCUUUUUUUAUUUUUACAAAUAUACAAGGAUAAAAUUGUAAUUCUACACCAUAGUGCAUCGAUUGAGAUUGUCAAUCCUGCCACUUUGAAACCAAGUCUCUGGGAUUAUGAGCUGGUUAACAGACAAUUGGGGUUUGGGGAUUGCUUUAUUAUACUGAAGUGGCUAAAAUGGCCCGUCAUUCAUUGUAGUAUCUUGAGCUGAUAUCUCGAACACCACACAUCUUUUUUAGGAGCUGUUACUGUCAUGUUUAAUUGCCCAAAAAACAAACGUACGUGUUCUCAUCCACUGGAUGGAGACUUAAAUCUACAUUUAAAUAUUAUUCACGCACAGUUGACAUUGUAUACAUUUGAAUUUUUGCCUUCUCUUGCCUCAUUAAAGUCAAAUUUAGCUUCGUCCAAUAAACAAGGCAUGUUUCCUGAGCAAAGAUUCUGAUAACUAGCAACUUUAUUUGACCAUUCCCCAUCUUUCAGAUUUAACUUCUGUUUGUGCAAAAUGAAAGUUUCCUAUCUCAUAAGAAAGCUGUUACAUUUGAUAAAUUGCUAUUAAUAUAUUGAAGAUGCAUCCUGUUACAUUUUCUGAGCUUUAUUCCACUACUCUGCAGUUAAUUGAACAGAUUUAGUAUAGUUGUGGUGCUGCAGAAAACUUGCAUUUUCAUUUAUCUAACAAUAUUUUAAUUCUUUCUGUGGUGCGUCUGGUUUUGAUUUUGUUUUUCAAAAAAUCGUGAUAAAUUUGUAAAAGAAAUUAUACAUCUGUUCCUCUUCUACAGAUUUGCAGUAUUUGUUAAAUUAUACGGUGGUGUUGACUUCUGUUUUGUCUUCAGUUUGCAAGGGUUACAUUCAAUAUUUUUUGUUAAUUGGUGGCACUCCUUCUGAAAGAGGACACCCCUCAAAAGCAUUUAAAAUGGCGGUCCAUUGCCUCCCCAUGUCUCUUGUUAAUCUGCUUUGAAACCUGCUUUUAGUCUGGCUAGAAUGACAUGUUGGAAUACAGACCAUUCCCGACAUAGAAAAAAUGAUUUAUCGUGAAGACAAGAGACUGCGGAUGCUGCCACCUGGAGCAAAAUACAAACUGCUCGAAGGACUUUGGGUCAGACAGCAUCACGGUGGUGCAGCGGUAGAGCUGCUGCCUUACAGCAUCAAAGACCCGGAUUCGAUCCUGACCAUGGGUGCUGUUUGUACAGAGUUUGUACGUUCUCCCUGUAACUGCGUGGGUUUUUACCAGGUGCUCCAGCUUCCUCCCACACUCCAAAGGCAUACAGGUUUGUGGGUUCAUCGGCUUCAGUAAAAUUAUAAAUUGUCCCUAGUGUGUAGGAUAGUGUUAGCGUACGGGGUGAUCGCUGGUCGGCAUGGACUCAGUGUGCCGAAGGGCCCAACCCGAAACGGCAACUGUCUAUUUCCAUGUUCAGAUGAUGCCUGACCCAUUGAUGUCCUCUUGCAAUUUGUUCUUUGCAGCUGAUUUAUAGUGAUGAACCAAAGUUACUUUCUGUUUCUUGAGAUUCAGGAAAUGUGAAUAACAUUUUGGGAAAUGUGUUCCAUUAUUCCAUCCUUUUGUCUGUUAACAUGAAACAAAAACUGUCCCAUUACAGCUAAUGAAACAUGUUAGGAUUUUGGGAUUUCAUUUUGUAUUUUCCUUUCUUUUAUAAUAAACUGGAUUUGUUUUUGAUGGCA